AACUUCAGAAACACUGCUCUCAGCUCUCUCAGAGAGGAACAGGAGAGCGGGCUCCUGGCUGUGACAAAGCCAGCAGAGGGCUGCCUGACACUGGAGACUCCGCCGUCCAGAUACAACUUUCUAUGGCUUCUCGGAUUGUUUAAUAUUUCCUUCCCUUCCUAUAAGUGUGCUUCGGGGAGGGGCGAGAGCUGUGGGCAAUGUGUCUUCUCCCUCGUUGUGCCUCCCUAUGCCUGGGCUGAGUGUAGAAGCCGCACUCUCCCAUCUGCUGGGAGCUCACAGGUCAUCCUGCCAUGUGCCUGAACAGUAGGACCAGUUGGAGCAGCAGUGGCUGACCCUAGGAGCUGACCUUGCCAGCCUGGUCCUUUCAGGAGCAUGAAUGGGGACAAGGGAACGUCCAACACCAGCGAAUUAUGCAACUCCACAAAAUAUCUAAAUCCGGAUCAGAGUCCAGCCAUCAGCGCUGUGAUGUUCUCCGCAGGGGUGCUGGGGAACCUAAUUGCGUUGGUGCUUCUGGAGAGGCGCAGGCGGGAGUGCCGGGGGAAAAUCUCUCUGUUCUUCAUCCUGGUGACUGGUUUGGUUAUCACGGACUUGUUGGGCACCUGCAUGAUUAGCCCAGUGGUGUUGGUAUCUUAUACCAAGGGACUCACUCUGUCCGCCUUGGACCUUUGCAGCUAUUUUGCCUUUGCCAUGACCUUCUUCAGUCUGGCCACCAUGAUGGGCCUCUUCGCCAUGGCUGUGGAGCGGGCGAUGGCCAUUGGACAUCCUUACUUCUACGAGAAGUUCAUCAAGAAGCGAUGUGGCAUCAUCACCUUCCCGAUUAUCUACUGCUUCUGCGUCUUCUUCUGCCUCUUACCAUUCCUGGGCUUUGGGGAGUACAUACAAUACUGUCCCGGGACCUGGUGCUUUAUAAACAUGAGGGGCCACAAAAAGUACGGGUACACUAGCAAUGUGUACGCCAUGUUGUACGCCGCCAUUCUGCUGAUCCUCAUCAUCGCCGUGCUGACCUGCAACCUCAUCGUCAUCGUCAGUCUGAUCAGGAUGCACAGGAGGCAGAAGACGCGGCGGGUUGGCUCCCUGAUGACCAACAAACGAGAGAGGAUUUCCAUGUCCGAGGAGAUUGACCAUCUCAUUCUUCUGUCCAUCAUGACCAUCACCUUCAUUAUCUGUUCAGUCCCUUUAACAGUACAGGCCUAUCUAAACAGAGUUAAAGGCGAUAAAGGAGAAGACAAGAUGGACCUUCUAGCUCUCAGGUUCCUGUCUGUGAAUUCCAUCAUUGACCCAUGGAUCUUCACCAUAUUACGCCCCUCGGUGCUCAGGCUGAUGCGCUCUGUCCUGUGCUGUUAUAGCUCUAUUAACCUCAGGAGUAUCAAAGGGUCCCCUUCCCUCAGCAGCCGCCUAUCAACCAAUAACAAGCUAAACUGCACCGACACUACGUACGGGAUUUCCCAGAAGAAUCAGUUCUGUAACGAGGACAAAAUCACCUGGGGAGACAAAGCAGAAACCUAGAGACGUAAGCUGUUAUCCCAUGGCAAGCGGUGGUUGCAGCUCAAUUAAAUUUUGAAGGCUCAUAGAGGUCAUCUAUCAAAAGACAAAGCUCUAAUAUCGAGGAGAACAUUUGUAACGGUAAUCUGCAUGCAACUUUUUGGAACAGGGCGACGUGACGGAGUUCAGUUGGGCGAAUGAAGUCCGGAGAGAUAAUCACUAUACUGUAGGUGGUAAAACCUUAGGCCAAAACACUUGAAGACAUUGUGUCAUGUUCUUGUUGAACGUUUUUAACGUCUGUUCUGUUUUCCGUGGCUGAAAUCCCUUUAUGAGUGUUCUGUCGCUUCGGGGGAAGGACUUGUGAUUUCAGGUGAUCCUACCUCGUCAAUUGAUGAUUCGUUGCUUAAUGGCGUCGUAACUACAGUAUAUGGUAUCACCCCUUACCAUUAUAUUGCCAACCAUGUAAUGCAGGCGGCGCUCCAGUUUCACCGCAGAACGUUAUGUGAAAGCGCUUUCUUUGCGUUUUGUAGUAACUACAUGAUAAAAGCAUCAUUUAUCUUAAAGCGCAACACCAAAUUUUACAGGACUGUGUGUUUAUUUAAGUAUAAUCUACAAUCCAAAGGACUCAUUUAAGGUUAUCUUGUCAUUGGUUACCCUUUUAAGCAGACAAAAACACUCGUUGAAAUUCUGGUGCUUAAACAUUUGAGAGAUCCAUUGUCAAAUUCUAAGCAAUCUGACUAGAUUGCUUAGAUCUUAAACACGGAUCUCUCGUGUGUAUGCCCCCCAGCGAUAGCGAUGCGCGGCCCGGUUCGUCGCUAUCGCCGUGCUAGAUUGGCCUGCGUGCAGGCUCAAUCUAGCGGGUCGCUCACUUCAGCGCUGUGUGAAGUGAACGGCCCCCCAAGUGCUGAGCGGGGGGAGAGAUGUAUGCUGAGCAGCCUGGCCUUAAAAGAAUGGAGAUUUCCAUAAUCUAUUUUAGCUGAAACACUAAAUCACUGCUGAAGACUGUGGAUUACGCAUGCACAGAUUUACGGCAACCAAAUGACUAUUACUGUAUGUCUGCUAUAGGUAAAAAGGUCUAAAGUGAGUCAGAAGAAUAGAGUUUUAUUUAAAAUAAAAUCCCAGUAAUGUCUAUGGUUACGCAUCACAUGCGGUAUAUUUAGUAUAGCCAGUGAUGUCUACAGAUCACAUCUUCUGUUGUCUUCUGACAAAGGGGGCUAUACUCAGAUUUCUCCCGAUGCGGGGUGGUGUACAUAUGUUUUGUACAUUGGACGUUAGGUUGUGACGUUCAGUAGAGAGACACUUACCAGAAGCCUGUUUCGCCUGUGUGAGGACUCCUCGGUGAAGGACAGGAUUUUCUGGUCAGCAUGUAAAGUUCAGGAGCGACAUCCUGACUGAGACAAGUAGAAUAAGAGGGAUGUUUGAGCUACAACUCAGGGGCGACAUUCCAAAAUUCAAAUGAACCACUCCUUGGGCGGGAUGUAUUAACAUACAGAGGUGUAAUGUUCUCUAUUUCAUUCUAAUUCCCCGCCAGGCCAGAGCAGGCAGGCCGCUGCUUCCCCUCACCAAGUCCAAACCUGUUUCCGUGACAUGGCGUAAUCACCGCGCACCGCAACCAGUUGGGUAUGAAUCUCAGCUGCUGAUAGCGCAGAAAUCUGAUCACACUGCGCACCUCAAUGUGUGACCAUGUUUCCUCCCUCCCCGCCAUCUUACACCUGAUGUUGGGAUAGUAUGAGGUAAAUUUACUAAGAUGGGAGUUCUAUUUAAGACGGGAUGUUGCCCAUAGCAACCAAUCAGAUUUAUCUUCUAGAAGGUGCUAGAUAAAUGAGAAGUAGAAUCUGAUUGGUUGCUAUGGACAACAACCCAUCUUCAAUAGAACUCCCAUCUUAGUAAAUUUACCCCUAUGACUGAUAUGAGGGGCAGUCUAAUAGCCAUGAGGGAAAGCCGUGGCCUGCCUGCUCUGGACUGCUGGGAAAUCAGACUGAAGUAAAGUACACACCACACGUGAGAGGUCUUGUUACCUUAUUUACUGAACCACCCUCAUACCUUUGGCAGAUCUCGAACCAAUCAAAAAAAAUCAACCAAUGGAAAUGCCAUAUUAAUGUUGGAAUUCCCAGUUCUAGUGAAUGUACAUAUUUGGCCUGAAUCAUUUCUGCAGUGCUAGAAAAGUUAAAAUUUAAGCGUUGUGCAAUGUAACUACACUUUCAUUAGUAGACAAUUUGUUAUUUAAACUAACGUAAAAUGGAGUUACCCCGAAUCAAUAUUUUCAGCGUAACUUACUCAUUUCUACAUUGAUAGUGACAUAUGAAGAAAACAGAACUGAAUAUAACAUAAAAAUAUGUUAAAGGAGUAAAUAUUGUUGAACAUAUACCGAAUAAAAUGCCAUGACAAAUAGCACUUUUUUAAUUUGUUCUAUUUACAACAUUAAAAUAUAAUUUAUUUAUGGAAAAAUAAUAGAAAACUAAACCUGUGUCCAUUCAUCUUUACAUAAAAAUAAAGUGUUUACAUUACUUGUCUGAGAGCCGAACAUAGAACUUGAUUCAUUUUUGUAAGUAAAGCAAAACAGCAAGCAACUGGGCAAAACCAUGUUACACUGCAGGUGGGGCAGAUGUAACAUGUGCAGAGAGAGUUAGAUUUGAGUGGAUUAUGGGGGUCAUUCCAAGUUGUUCGCUAGCAGAUUUUGGUCGCUGCGCAGCGAUCAGGCAAAAAAUAGGCACAUCUGCGCAUGCGGUGCAAUGCGCACACGCGUCAUACUAUUACAACGAACGAUGUAGUUUCACACAAGGUCUAGCGAAGCAUUUCAGUCGCACUGCUGGCCACAGAGUGAUUGACAUGAAGUGGGUGUUUCUGGGUGUCAACUGACUGUUUUCAGGGAGUGCUCGAAAAAACACAGGCGUGCCAGGAAAAACGCAGGCAAGGCUGGGCGAACGUAGGGCAUGUUUGUGACGUCAAAACAGGAACUGAAUGGUCUGAAGUGAUCGCAAGCGCUGAGUAGGUCUGAAGCUACUCAGAAACUGCACAAAAUUAUUUUGUAGCCGCUCUGCGAUCCCUUCAUUUGCACUUCUAAGCUAAAAUACACUCCCAGUGGGCGGCGGCAUAGCGUUUGCACGGCUGCUAAAAACUGCUAGCGAGCGAACAACUCGGAAUGACCACCUAUAUUGUUUCUGUGCAGGGUAAAUACUGUCUGUUUAUUUUUACACUGCAAUUUAGAUUUCAGUUUGAACACACUCCACCCAAAUCUAACUCUCUGCACAUGUUACAUCUGCCCCACCUGCAGUGCAGCAUGGGUUUGCCCAGUUGCUUGCUUUUUUGCUUUGCUUACAAACAUGAAUCAGGCCCAAAGUCACUUAUACCCAAUGUAACUACAAACCUACUUAUCGUCUACAUUCCAUAGGCGGCAAGCCUUUUACUGGUAAUAUGUACAGCAUGAAUGUUAUUUAAUGAAUGUCUAUUUGUUAAAUGUGUUGUUGUUUUUUAAAUAAAAUUGUUGUGAGCAAA